AUGAACAAAAUAACUGAUACACACGAUAAAAAGUCAACUGCUUCAUUUUUAACACCAGAUCUCAUACCGCUAUCAACACACACAACAAAUCAGUUCAACUGCACAGAAAUAAGAGAUAAACAUAACGACAAAACCAAGUCCACAGAAGAAACCACCGUCGUUCUGGAUGAACAGCAAUCCACUUUGCAAAAUGACAUAGCAGAUUUACACAACCAUACCAAUACAACAUUCUCUCCUCGAUUUAACAAAAAUAAUGAUGCAGUUUUAUCUGUUCAAAGAAAGACUUUACCCGGAUGGGUUUAUACCCUUCAUAAAAAACAAAUAUUUGAUAAAAUAAUAAUCACUUUACCUAUUUUAAUUAAGGCAAUCAGAAUAAUUUGUGCAUUUUCUAUAAUUUUUUUUAAUUUAUUGUUGUUGAUUAGCGGAACAAUAAUAAAAAAAAACAAUCCGUUUUACCUCUCUAGGAUUGACUUAUCCAAGACUCAAAUUAUUGCCGGAUUGUUUUCCUCAUUAAGUACAAAUGUAGAAAGCUCUCAAAUAAAUGAUGGCGUGGGGUUAACAACAAGUGAGGUUUUAAUUAUUACACAAUAUACAAGCUCGCAGGUUUCUAAUAUCCCGAGCUUUAUUAAAAAUUACAUGUAUGGAAGCUGUUCUUCGGAUAGCUGUUAUGAAAAAGGAUACGGAUCUGCCUUUGACUAUAGGGAAAUUUUAGAUUUGUCAGGAUUAGACAUUAUUUUAUCAUACGCUUAUACCGAUAUAACUAGCAAUACUGCAUAUACAGCCUAUAUCGAUUCCGUUAAAAGUAAAAAUUCCAAAAUUUUAACUUUACAAUACUUUUGCUUGGCUCUUCAAAUCAUCGCCACAGGUCUGCUAAUAUGGUAUUACAGUUCUUCCUUUUCAUCACGCUUUUCUUUUUCUAAACUUACCGACAACCGAAGAGUAAUGGAGAAUAAAAAAUCCAGAUUUACUGAUAAAUAUUUAGUACAUGUCUUAUCAUUUUUGAGUUUACUUGAGUUUAUUUGUUGUUGCAUAGUGGCCAUAGUUAAUUUAUACGUUAUAUUAAGAAUGAAGGCACGUAUAAAGAAAGAACUAGACAGUUUUGAUAUUCACUUGAGUCUAGGUGCUGCUUGGCUGACCUGUCUUUGGUUUUUGGUGGCCUCUUCCUUAUUAUCGUGCUUGGUGUGGGGUGGAUUGGAAUGGUGUGUAGCCGAAUCAUCUAUUGAAUUUUCUGGUUUAAAUUCCAGCAACCAAUUGGGGAACAUAUCUAAUGAUAAUAAUAGUUCUGAUAUUAAUGCUGAUCUUGAAUUUGAAAGGGAUUAA